CAAGGAUCUCCCUCACAUGGAUUCUUUCGACUUGCCUCACAUUUCAUCUUUUAAGGGAGGAAGCGAAUUAUUUCUACGGGAUGUGUUUGAGAACAUAUUGAAGACGUACUUAAAAAAGAACCCAACAACGAAAAGAAUAUGGGAACUGGUUCAGUCGGUGGACAAUGAGAAGAUUUGCUACGACCACUUCACUUUCAUGACACUGAAGAUCGAAGGUUAUGGAAUAGACUCCAUGUCCAGUUUCUUCAUGGAUAAUGGAUAUAAAAUAGGAGGUGGGCUUGAUUUUCCAAAGAAGAACCUGCGAGGUCUCUGGUUUUCCCCUCCCGAUAUUAAGAUCCCUGAGGAUGGCCACGGCCUAAGUAAUGGACCCUUACCCCGACUUGUUAUGGGUGAGAUUCUUGUGGACGAAUUAAGCCCUGCAUCACAGGAAAUAAUCAGGAAGUAUCUGAAACCAGCAGGAGGCAAGCAAGCCCUUCUGUCAAGUAUUCUUGGGUCCUUAAUAUGGGAGAAGCCAACUUGGAGCGAAUUUAAGCACAUUGCCGAAGAAAACGAAUUGGCUGCUUGGGCGUUUAUCAACGGCUACACAAUGAACCAUCUUGCGUUUUCUGUUCAUCGACUUAAACACCGUUUCAGUGACAUCAAUUGCAUCAUACGUUAUCUAGAGGAAAAUGGAUUUGAUCUCAACCAGGACGGAGGAGUUCUCAAAGUGAGUACUGAUGGGCUACUGCUACAAGUGUCGUCACUCUCGGAGCAGCUUCCGGUAGAAUUUUCAGACGGCAUAAUCAAAUCGGUCCCUGCUUCAUACAUUGAGUUCACUGAACGUCUCGUUUUGCCACAGUUCAAAAAUCUGCCUCAUGAUCAGAUUAAAGAGAUCCAUAGACGUGAAGACUUUGCACUCAAUAACGCCGACAACAUUUUAGAAAGCUCCCGUUUUAUGUCAGAUGUUUAG